GGGAGGAUGCUUCUAAAGCUGCUGCUCUGUGAGACACUGUCUUUUCAGAACAUUCUCAUAAAUUUUGUGUUUUGCAUUAGUUUUACCCAGUACGUGUUCAUGCCAGAAGACUACUAUUGAGCUGGAAUCCUCUAUCGGUUGCACUUGGAUUAAGCCCCUUCACAGCCCUUUUACAUUCAGCUAUGCCCUUCAGCUUCAGAGGAAGACCAUUUAAAACCAUGGAAGUGGAAUAGCGAAGAUUUUGGGAGUGUUAAAUGCUCUUUGCAUAUUGGAGAGAACAGGUGGCUGUUGUCCCAAAUGAUGAAAAUCUUGAGGAGCUUCCGGAGGGAAAACAACUGGAAAAUAAUGGCUAUGGUGAGAUCCUCACUCCAGAAAGUGAUGCUGUUUCUGCACAGAGUCCAAACCAUGACUUUCACAUCACCGAGAUAUCAGAAACUGUGCAAGGAUAUUCAGACAGAGAUCGAUGCCAACUGUGCUUCCUCAAGAAGGAGGUCCAGUGACCAGUUUCACAGUUUCCAAGGAAUAAGCCCUGAUGAAAAUAACUACAAUUAUAGAAAUUCUAUCUUUCCUAACAGGGACUUUGUGGAACCUCAGAAUGAGAGUGGAGCAGGCCUGAUUUCUCUCUUGGAGGAGCUUUGGCUCUGGGUGAAGCUGAAAGAUGAAGAACUGUUGCAGCAAAGCACCAGUGUAGAUGAUCUGAGUAAUCUUCUGCAGCAACAAGACAUCUGUAUGCGUGUGGAGCCUCUGAGUGAAAACAGCAUGAAAGAAGCAGCAGCAUCUGGUCUGCAGGGGAGAAGCAUGUGGCUGGCUCAUGCAGUGCUAGAUGAAGCCAUGGAAGAGCAGCAUCACUGGGAUCGCUUAUGUUUUAACACAGCCAGCUGGCACCAGCAGGUCAGCUGGAUAGUGAGAAAACUGCAGGACCUCCAGGAUGCUAUGCAUCAGCUAGACUUGGGCUUGGCAGAGAUGGAGGAUAAGUGGGAGGGAUGGUGCUCAGAAGGACAAACUCUGGUCAGCUAUAUGCUGGAUGGUUUUGAGGAAAGUCAAAGUUUUAUUAGGGGAAGAACAGAAAUGUAUCCCUGUGCAAGAGAUAUGAGUAGCAGUUUGGUUCCACUUCCUGACAUUCAGCUGGCUCCAAUUUCAUCACUGCCACCUCAUAGUGCUGAAACACAGCUGGACAUUUUAGAGGUACCAGUGAUGAAUCACAGACUGUUCCUAGAUGCUCAAGUUGAUAACAGACUGUUGUCUCAACACUUCUUAUCUGUCUCUGUUCAGUACCCAUGGCAGAGGGCUGUAUUCCAUAACAGUGUUCCUUAUUACAUCAAUCAUGAAAAGCAGACCACAUCCUGGGAUCAUCCAACAAUGACUCAGCUAUUUCAGUCAAUGAUUGAGCUCCAGCAUGUGAGAUUUUCAGCCUACCGCACAGCUUUGAAGAGCCGCAGAGUUCAGAAAGCCUUGUGCUUGGACCUUUUGGAGUUGGACAUGGCUCAGACUGUCUUUAAACAACAUCAACUGACUAAAAAUGAGCAACUUUUGGAGGUUCCAGCCAUCAUUACAUGUCUGUUGACAAUAUACACUGAACUUCAUCAGGUGUAUCCAGAGCUCAUUGAUAUCCCCCUGUGUGUGGACCUGUGUCUUAACUGGCUCCUAAAUGUUUACGACAGAGAUCGUACUGGAAAAAUUCAAGUUCUGUCCAUAAAGACUGGGCUGUUUUCUCUUUCAAAAGGACACCUUGGAAAGAAGUAUAAAUAUCUGUUCACUCAGGUGGCAAGCUCUGCAGGAGUGUGUACCCCAAAACAGCUGGCACUGCUGCUGCACACCACUCUCCAGAUUCCCUUUCAACUGGGUGAAGCUGUUGCUUUUGGGGGGAGUAAUGUAGAACCAAGUGUCCACAGUUGCUUUCAGCAUGUUGGCGAUAAGGACACAGUUGAGCUGGAGCAGUUUGUGGAGUGGAUGCAUUUGGAGCCUCAGUCUAUGGUGUGGCUGCCAGUGCUGCACAGAUUAGCUGCAGCUGAGAACGCCAAGCACAAGGCCAAGUGUAACAUCUGUAAAGAGUGUCCCAUGGUGGGCUUUAGGUAUCGCAGUCUGAAGCACUUCAACUAUGAUGUGUGUCAAAGAUGUUUUUUCACUGGAAGAACCACCAGAAGUCACAAAUUAACCUAUCCCAUGGUGGAAUACUGUAUGCCUACCACCUCUGGGGAAGAUGUGCGUGAUUUUACCAAGGUGCUGAAAAACAAGUUUCGAUCUAAGAAGUACUUCAGUAAACACCCACGUCUUGGAUACCUGCCAGUCCAGACUAUUGAUCUAGACAUGAAUGAGAACUACACAUACAGCCAGGAUGGUGGACAUGUGGGAUCAGGAACACACCAGACAGAUGUCUUAUCAGGAGGAAGUGACAAACAACUACCCUGUCACUGCAUUUAUUUGACUACACAGCAAUGAUGGCUUUCAAUUACUGUAAAUAUUAAUUAUAAUAAUAGAUCCGGCCCCAGAAAUUUACAUUUACAUUUACAGCAUUUAGCAGACGCCCUUGUCCAAAGUGACAUACAAAUGUGCU